CCGAGCGGCGCGCGCUAAAUGGGCCGCGCAGAGGGGGUUCAAUGGCCAAGCAGAAGCUCACGCCUGGGAAGCUUUCUCUGUAUAAACAAGCCACUCCUAUGGAAAGGGGUAGUUUGACCCAGGGAAGGCUAGCAGUGUCUCUCAGCAGUCAUAAUGAUAGGGGUUCACCCUCAUCAUCGCACACCCUCCCAGCUCAAGCCACACCCAUUGCCACGUCAGCAAGUACCACUGAAAUGCGGUCAAGCCAUCAGCUACCUCGAGGUCCAGGUAGUUAGACACACCUCUCCUCUCACUCCUAGUCAACUGCCUGACACUACUGCUAGUCUGCUGGCCCCCACCGUGACUUCCAGCACUCAGCUGCCUGUCAGGGCUGCUAGGAGCGGAAAGUUUAGCUCUGACUUUGUCCAGUUUGGAGCUCUUUCUUCGUUACGUGAGGAAGACAGAGGAGGAGAGGGAGGAAUAGUGGGAGAGAGGAGAGGGGAAGAAGGAGGGAGAGAGGAAGAAGAGGAGGGUGAGAGAAGGACAGAGGACACAUCUUCAAGCCAGCACCCCAUGCUCCCAGACACCAGCAGUCAAUCAUCAACUCAACCUGUACCUGGAGCCCCAGUCACAGCAACUGCAGAUAACAGCUCUGAGACUCAAAAAAAGAAACCUCGUAAACCGAAAGGAAAAGUGGUGCCCUCUCGGUACCUCUCUUCCACAAAGAGCACGCCCUCUGUCUCCAACAAGACCCUCUCUACCUCCACAGCGACCGCGACCAUACACAGGACGCAACAGCUCUCAAAGAAGACUAGUAGGUCUGCACAGAGGGCAGGGAGGAAGGAUAGCUCAAAGGUCUCUUCUCGUGUCAGCUCAAGUAGUGUCGCUCCCUCCUCCUCUCUCUCCACCACCCUACCUCGGCAUCUCUUCACACCAUCUGGUUUGACAUCGUCCACACCAAAGGUUGGCUCUCAGCUGUUGGCCCAGAGUGUCCCCACCACUGCUCUCCAGGGAAGUUUCACUGACGCCAGUACUACAGCACCAGUCAGCAACACUUACACCGCCACAAGACCUUCUACACUCUCCAGACACAGGACAAAAACUCCUGCGGCAAGUGGUAGCAUUGGUGGUCAUCCAAAUGCAGAGUCAGAAGUUGAACUACUCUAUUGCCGUCUACUACAAGCCUCCUACCUUGAUGUGAAGAGUGCAAAGGCUUUGAGGGUGCAAGAAGAAGCAGCAAAAACCCAGUUGCACACUCUGUGGAGAGAGGUGGAGGAGAGGAGGAAGGAGUGCCAGAGACUGAGAGGAGAGCUGGAGACUGUCAGGAGGAACACUGUCCUCUCCUCCGUCCUGGACGUACAGGCAAAGGAGUUGGCUCCUGUGAUUAGUAGUCUGCCCAGACUCCAGCAGCAGCACUCGGCUCUGGCUGUAUCUCUGGACGCCACUCGUCACGAACUCCCAACCUCCGGUCUCAUCCCUGCCACUGAACGUACGUCCUCUCUUCCUCGAAAAAUCAGCAUCUUUCGUGAUACUUGGUUCUCUCCCACCAGAUCAACUGGAGACAGAACUGUCUCAGUCGGAGGAGCUGCUCUCCGAUAUUGUCACACUCAUCAGCAACAAACUACCCUCUGUAAGUCACCAUUAAGAGAGAGAAAUUUCACCUGUCCAGCUUGGCCAAGUUGGUCUCAGUCUCAACCGCAGACAGCCUUUCUAUAGCCUAUAUAUACUGCAGGUGGUGUGUUUUGCUGACUCAACUGCUGCAGUGGUGCACACACUGGACCGAGAGUUUACAGAGCUGGAGAAAUGCUGGAAGGAGCUCUCUGCGGCCGUCAGACUCCAAGUCAAAGAAACAAGUCUUGAAUUUGAAAAGAAACAAAGAGACAGAACUUUGCAUUUCUCGGAAGCCAGUAUAUAGUCCCUCGUGGCAGUGAAACCUAGUGCCACGUAGCAAUGUUUAUUGUCUGCAAAUGAUUGUUGGUUGGCUCGCGGCAUGCAUUGAUAGAAUUACAAAAAUGAUGAUGAAAUGCCCCUGUCACUUACAUUUGUAAAGAAUGCCGUGGCGUGCCAAGAUGGGUGUGACCUGCCUCAACACAUGGUUCACAACGGCCUUGUUUGCAUCCGAGAAGGGGUUGAAGUUCAAGUGUUUCGUUCUCUUGAAGUUGCCAUGGUUACCGCUGUUAACAGCACAGUCCAAGGUCUGGUUGUCGUGGGAGACCUCCAGGAAUUCUAGAACUUUCCUCAGCUCCUGUCUCGUGUUAUUCACCAGUUUCUCGUAUUGUACCACGUGGACGGGAAAGUGGGCGUGGCUGAGCCAUGUGUGAAGAAGAUAGCCCCAACUGUUGCUCUUUGUCUCCACAUACCAGUCCCAGUUGGAAUUACCAAUGAAUGUCUUUUCAUUGGCCAGUCCGACGUGGCUGUCAACGUUCUUUCUGGAGUUCCAUCUCCGGUUGGCCUCACUCACCAGAGCAUCAAAUG